UUUUAAUAUAUUUUUUUCGGAAAUCUUCGAACAUUAAAAUUUUGAUUUAUGUUAUCAAACAUAAACGUUAUAUUUAAACCACCAUUAUUUAAAUUCCAUUUUAUGUUCAAAUUAUGUGGGCACAUUCAAUAAUAAUUCAUAUCAAAACUGAUCACACCUAAUAACACUUACAAAAAUGAUAAAUAUCGAGAACAAUAAAAUAUCAUAAUAUGUUAAACAAACUGUAAAAUAUUCGAAUAUGACGGGAGAAAACAAUCACGAUGAGUCUAUAGAUUAUAAGAAGCAACAAAUAGUAAAUCCAUCAAAAUAUUCAACAGAUUCCAAAUUAAAGCCUGAAGAAAGUAAUUUCGAAGACACUCAAUAUUAUUCCACUGAAAACCUAAACGAUUUUAACGAUAUCGUCGAUUCAUUGUCAAAUAUUAACGUAUAUUCAGAUACGAGAUCAAGCCAGGAUCUUAUGUCAGUCACAUGGUCAGGAAAGACAUCAAAUUUAAACUCAUUUGAUAAUUCAAACAUUUCUGACUCUGAAAAUUUAUAUAAUACCUCGGGAUUUAACACUAACUCUAACGAUAACGACCGUACAUAUAGCCUACUGUCAUCUUCAUUUCCAGAUUCAGUCUCUAGUGAUCAUUUACACUCGGACGACUACCAAAAGUGCAUUCAAAGCUCUUCUUUAUCUGAUUGGAAGCCAUCAGGCACCGAGUCAAUGAGUUCUAGCCCAAAUACAUCAAGUACAAGCAAAUAUUCUUGUGACUCGUAUUAUCGCCAAUCCCCUUCACAAACAGAUCCCAACAAUUAUAUGAACUUGAAAUUCCACAUGGGAUCUUUCAGAACUGGGGGCACUCAGAAUUUCGAUAUAUUCACACCGGAUACAGUCUCUGACGCUAAUCACAAGCUAUACUCACCCAUGGAUUCCAUGUACAAGACUCCGACCACACAUGAAGACUAUGAAUCCAAGUGUGUUUAUGAACAAAACAACUUAAAUGAACAUGGCAACUAUGAGAACAAUGUGUUAGAAGCAAAACCAAAGUCAUCACACUCAUUCGACUACCAAGAACACUCACCCUUAUCCAAUGAUAACAAUUCUUAUUAUUCGAGGGAUAACGGAAGUUGUGGACAGUAUGAGAUAAACAUGAGUGAUAGCGAGGACUCAAAUAGCUAUGUUCCAGGGGGAUACCAUCCAGUGGCCAUUGGAGAAGUGUAUAACAACAGGUACAAAAUUGAAGCGAAGUUAGGCUGGGGGUAUUUUAGCACAGUUUGGCUCGCAUCAGACUUAGCCUCAGGCCCGGAUACCUUUGUUGCACUAAAGUUCCAGAGAAGCGCAAAGAUGUACACAGAUGCAGUGCUCGAUGAGAUUGACCUUCUCAACACCGUGAUUAACGGAAAGAACAGUAACGAGUGGGUGAGCACCAGCACAGUCUACAGUAAACUACUAGGCCAAAAUUACAACCCCUCAAAUGGAGUAGUUUCAUAUCUGGACAACUUUAUGGUAACAGGGCCUAAUGGAAUGCACAUAUGUGUGGUUUUUGAGGUUAUGGGACCUAAUAUCCUGACCCUGAUCAAGCUUUACAGGUUCCAAGGCAUACCAAUCCCACUGGUUAAAAAAAUCGCCACACAUGUGUUGCUGGGUUUAGAUUAUUUACACAGAGUUUGCAAAAUCAUACACACUGACAUAAAGCCGGAAAACAUACUGAUCACAUCUCCACUAAACUUGUAUAAGCACUCCUUAGAACAAAAUCACAAGUCAGGCAACAAAAGUAAUCUCUCUAAUGAGCGUUACAACUUGCCAGGUCUUUCCUUUGGAAGAGUUGAUUUGAAUAAUUGUGUUCGAGAGCAAAACGGAAUUGGAAACGAAAAUGACCUUUCCUACAUAAAAAACCUGGUUCGACCAUGCUACAGUGAUCCCACCCUUACAACUAGUUAUGACCAUAGCUAUGCACUACAAGAAACACUUCUGAGGAGACCAUAUCACCAUAUAACCUGGAACAUGAUGAAAAACGUUGACCGAAACCUUAACAAAUCCCACUAUCAUCCAUCAGUCCUGACAUCCAUUGGACUUAACCAAUUUGGAGUAAGAAGAACUAGGAUUAGAACCUCCAAUGGAUUUGUUCAAAUCAAACCUCAUACCCUAGAACAGUUUAACGAUCCACAAACUAUAUAUAAAAUAUGUGACCUUGGAAAUGCUUGUUGGAUUGAUAAACACUUCACUGAGGAGAUUCAAACCAGACAAUACAGAUCACCAGAAGCUAUACUGAAUAUAGGUUAUAAUCAUCUGGCUGACAUAUGGUCUCUUGCAUGCGUCAUAUUCGAACUCAUUACAGGAGAUUACCUCUUUGACCCCAAUGGCAAAGAAGCAGUUCAACGAGACUCAAAUCACUUGCUACUGAUUGUGGAAUUGCUUGGACAGAUACCCAACUACAUGAUACAAAACAGUAAAAAGGCCAAGAAUUUGUCGUUCAACCAAAUCAACAAGAUUAAGAGGUGGCCGUUGGAAUCAGUUCUGAUCAAAAAGUAUAAUAUGGACAAGAAGGAAGCCUCCGAAAUAUCAAACUUCCUAUCAUGCAUGCUCAGAAUUAACCCAUCGGAGCGACACACAGCUCAACAACUGCUCUCCCAUAAGUGGCUGAAAGAAUAAUAAUUUAUGCAUCCACA